AGAGCAGAAGGAGCAGAGAUUUGUUGACCAUCAGAGCACAGAGAUUGUUUCUGUUAUGAGAAAGUGAAACUACUUGACAGUCACUGUCACUGAGAGGUGAGAUGGCGCAGAAAGGAAAUCAGCUGGACCGAGAAAAAUUCUCUUGUUCCAUCUGUCUGGAUCUACUGAAGGAUCCGGUGACUAUUCCCUGUGGACACAGCUACUGCAUGAACUGUAUUAAAAGCUUCUGGGAUUUAGAGGAUGAGAAGAAAAUCCCCAGCUGCCCUCAGUGUAGGCAGACCUUCAGACUGAGGCCUGUCCUGCUGAAAAGCACCAUGUUAGCAGAUUUAGUGGAGGAACUGAAGAAGACUGGACUCCAAGCUGCUCCUGCUGAUCACUGCUAUGCUGGACCUGAAGAUGUGGCCUGUGAUGUCUGCACUGGGAGAAAACUGAAAGCCCUCAAGUCCUGUCUGGUCUGUCUGGCCUCUUACUGUGAGAAACACCUGCAGCCUCAUUAUAAUGUGGCUCCGUUAAAGAAACACAAGCUGGUGGAGCCCUCCAAGAAGCUCCAGGAGAACAUCUGCUCUCGUCACGAUGAGGUGAUGAAGAUGUUCUGCCGUACUGAUCAGCAGAGUAUCUGUUAUCUCUGCUCUGUGGAUGAACAUAAAGGCCACGACACAGUCUCAGCUGCAGCAGAAAGGACCGAGAGGCAGAGAGAGCUCUGGGUGAGUCGACAAAACAUCCAGCAGAGAAUCCAGGACAGAGAGAAAGAUGUGAAGGUGCUUCAGCAGGAGGUGGAGGCUAUCAAUGGCUCUGCUGAUAAAGCAGUGGAGGACAGUGAGAAGAUCUUCACCGAGCUGAUCCGUCUGAUGGAGAAAAGAAGGUCCGAUGUGAAGCGGCAGCUCAGAUCCCAGCAGGACACUGAAGUGAGUCGAGUCAAAGAGCUUCAGGAGAAGCUGGAGCAGGAGAUCACUGAGCUGAAGAGGAAAGACGCUGAGCUGAAGCAGCUCUCACUCACAGAGGAUCACAACCAGUUUCUACACAACUACCCCUCACUGUCAGCACUCAGUGAAUCUACAGACUCAUCCAGCAUCAACAUCCGUCCUCUGCGCUACUUUGAGGAUGUGACAGCAGCUGUGUCAGAAGUCAGAGAUAAACUACAGGACGUUCUGAGAGAGACAUGGACAAACGUCUCAGUGACAGUGACUGAAGUGGAUGUUUUACUGUCAGAACCAGAGCCCAAGACCAGAGCUGAGUUCUUAAAAUAUUCCCGUGAAAUCACUCUGGAUCCAAACACAGCACACACACGUCUGUUAUUAUCUGAGGGGAACAGAAAAGCAACAUUAAUGAGAAAAAAUCAGUCUUAUUCUAAUCACCCAGACAGAUUCACUUACUAUUCUCAGGUCCUGAGUAGAGAGAGUCUGACUGGACGUUGUUACUGGGAGGUGGAGUGGAGAAGGGCAGGAGUUUUUGUUGCAGUCGCAUACAAGAAUAUCAGCAGAGAAGGGAGCUCAGAUGAAUGUGGAUUUGGAUACAAUGACAAAUCUUGGCUGUUACAUUGUGAAAAAAACAGUUAUAUCUUUUGGUACAACAAUGUCCAAACUCCCGUCUCAGGUCCUUGGUCCUCCAGAGUAGGAGUGUACCUGGAUCACAGUGCAGGUAUUCUGUCCUUCUACAGCAUCUCUGAAACCAUGACUCUCCUCCACAGAGUCCAGACCACAUUCACUCAGCCUCUCUAUGCUGGACUUUGUCUUUACUCUUUGUUUGGAGACUCUGCUGAGUUUUGUAAACUCAAAUAAACAGACAAUACUUUACUACUUUAAUAUUUUGUUAAUGUCUUCAUGUUUGUUGCUGAGAGCUGAUUGUUGUGGCAUUUCUUCACUGCACAGAGAUCAGCUGUCAAUCAAACAUUGUGGGCGGUACUUUGACGUCUUCUCAUUAGUUGCUGUGUAAAUGUUUGAGUUUCUUUAGGUGGAGCUCCUUCCUGUGUCUGUUUAGCCAUUUUAUACAUCAAUACAUAUUGAUGUAUUUGUAUUUUCUCUUCUACUGCAUGGGUCUUAAGAGAGAAAGCAGCAGACCUUCCUUUAUCUGAGAUAAUUUGUCCUCACUUUGUAAAGAAAUCUAUAAUCGCAUGUACAUUUAUUUGUUUGGCAGACCAAAUGUUGUUGUUGUCAUCAUCAAUAAGUAGAUGCUUCAUUCUUUUCUUUGACAGCUGAGAUUCUGGUCAAACCCACUGCUUGUGUGGAUGAAGUGAAUCUGUACCUGAAAUCAUUGAACAAGAGUCAUUUAACAGACGUUACUGAUGGGAUGUGUGAACAAACUGAAGCUUUACAUGAUGAAUAAACAAACACGGACAAAGUC